AUGUCCGACAACAACUCUGGCAUCGAGGACACCCUCGCCGCGGCGUUCGACAGCUCGUUCACCAUGCCUGCGGCCGAGCCGCGUCUCGAAACCGAAAAGGCUGCCAGUCCAGCCUCCGAACCAACGGCGCCCGAGGAGGAGGGCGAGGGUGAGGGCGAGGGCGGCGAAGACUGGAAGCCAACGUACGAAGCCAACCUCGCGCAGUGGCGAGCCGAGGCCGACGAGGCACGUCAGAAGGCCGAGGAGACGCGCGCCAAGUUUGAGGCCGAGCAGGCCGCCGAAGCGCAGGCCGUGAAGGACGAGGCCAAGAAGGCUGCCGACGCCAAGAAGGCCGCCGAGAAGGAGGCGGCCCACCACGAGAACCUGGCGAGCGCCCUUGAGACCUCACCAGCACCCGCGACGGUGCCGGCACACAAGCGGGCUGUUGCAGAGGAGCGCGACAGGAAGACGCGCGAGGCGUGGGAGAUGGUCAAGCCGAAGGCCGAGGAGGCGGCGUCAUCCCCGUCCGCACCGCCCAGCACUGCGUGGGAGGAACUGAGCGGCACCCAGUCGUCCAUCGAGGACAUUUCCGCGUCACCGGUCGUGCCUGCUACCGGAUCAUAUGGCUCGUCUCGGUCUGGCGGCUCGUCGUCGCCCGAGAAGCCUAAGCCCAAGGCGGCCGGCACCAAGGGCGACGGCAAGAAGGAGGACAUUCCCUUCCCCGCUGGCAUCACGCCCACGUCCCAAGGCGUCAACCAGGCAGCAGGCGCAGCAGCGGUACCCGAGCCCGCAAACGCUACGCCCUCGCUCACACUGUCCAUCUUCACCGCACCUGGAGGACUCACGACCAAGCGCGUCCUGGCAGCCCUUGGUAUCAACCUUCUGCUGCCCUUCAUCAACGGCAUUAUGCUCGGUCUUGGUGAGAUCACCGCGCGCGAGUUUGUGCGCGUUGGCCGGCUCUGGUGGAAGGGUGAGCGUGCGAUUGCCGGCAUCUGGCGCAAGGACGGCAAUGUUUCGGGCUCAGGCUUUGGCGCACGCAACGUCUCCAAUGUUGGGCUGAGUGGGGGCGCGGGGUUCUAG